GUUUCCCCGACUCGCCUCGUAUCACUGUGGGAUCGCCUUGAAAAGAUGUGGAAUGCGAUUCAAGUAGGCCGUCAGGGUUCGUACUCCGUCGAGCGCCUGGAAAGUCUCGAUCACUAUUGCAAGACAGCGUCACGGACUCGAGUGAUCGCAGUAUGCUUGCUUACUCCAGCACCCGCACUGGUAGUAGCUCUGCCACUGGAAACCCUACCACUCCGACCGCCGUCCGAGGGGUGGGCUGCCAACUGGAUGUUUUGGAUUCGCUUAGCGUUAAUGCACUUGGCAAUGGGUUUUGCUGGCUCGACUCAACAGAUCGCAUUUGUACCCGGUCUUCAGAUUACAGUCUUGGAGCGAUUUCUGGUAGUUUUAGGCUCGAGUGCUGGUUAUCUUGGUGCGUGCCUGGUUGCCGCCGCUACUAUCGGGUUUCCUGUGCCGCUCCAGAUGCAGCUUGGAGCCAUUCCAAUUGGCAUUUCGAUGACAGUGAUGACGCGUCUCGUGCUAGGGCCAGCCCCAUUCGCGAAAGACUCUCCGCAUCUACAGCAUUUCGAGCGACUCAAUCGUGUUAUCUCCGCUCACAUGCUUCUCAUCGGGGUGUAUCCCAUUUACAAAGUUCUUUAUGACCACGUACCUGUGGCAUAUCGAGGAGUAGUGGUUAUCGUGCUGCCAUUGUGGCGC